AUGGCUUCCAAUAGCAAUACGUCAAUUGCCCUUUUUCUAGUCCUAAAUCUUCUCUUCUUCACUCUUACUAGUGCAUGUGGCACUUGCCCUGGUCCUAAACCAAGGCCAAACCCAAACCCAAACCCAAAUCCAAGCCCAAGCCCCGGAAAGGCCACUUGCCCUAGGGAUGCCCUAAAAUUGGGGGUAUGUGCUAAUCUUCUUGGUGGAUUGAUUGGUGUUACUAUUGGGACACCACCGAAAACUCCAUGCUGCACCCUUAUCGAAGGCCUUGCUGACCUCGAGGCUGCGGUCUGCCUUUGCACUGCGAUUAAAGCCAAUAUUUUGGGCAUUAACCUUAAUGUUCCUCUCUCCCUUAGCUUGCUUCUUAAUGUCUGCUCCAAGAAGGUCCCAUCAGGUUUCAUAUGUGCCUAA